UCACGCCUUCUACCAGUGAGUGGGCUGCAAGUCAAAUUAGCUCUCCGUCAUCCUGCUCGCUGUGCACACCGGAGGCUACUGCGGUACGAUGCGACGACGCGCGAUACCGAGCCGCGGCGGAUGAGGCGGUGCGCAGCGGCCGGAGCGACCGGAGCGGCGGAGAGACACACCGAACAAAAGAUCCGGGUUCUGCCGCUGCGUCUCGGUUCAGACUAGAGGAGGUGUAGGGGACGGGACGGAUGCGGGUUUGACUGAUCUGUAGGCCGAUGUGGAGAGAUGUGGCUGGUCCCACUUUAGGAUGCUCCGGAGCCCGAGGACGAGGAAAGGCUUCGUGCGUAAACAACAUCAUCAAGUAGAGGACACUGAGGCACGACCCACGGAGGCUCCUGGAGAGGUUGUUCUCUGACAGCUGAGUCAGUCUCCAAGACAGCAUCGCUGAGCAUCAAUCCGGACAAAAAAAACAAACUUCUCAUUACCUUCGCUCCCAUCAGCGCUGACAGCCGGACGUCUGACCUUCCUCGUCAGGAGACUCAGAGCUAAAGACCGAUAAAGAGGAACAGCAUCCUGUUUGCCGUCGGGUUUUACAGUCGCCAGAACAAACUGUUAAGAUAUGAGAUUAGCAGGAGAUCUCUCAGAAACAUUCUCCCCAGUUCCGCUGUCAGAAUUAAUCAGAACACAGAGAUUCUUGAGAGCGUUUCGUCUGCUUCACGAUGCCCAGUGUAUUUUUAACCAACUCUGAUCUCUUUACCUUUGAGCUGUCAGGCUCUGAAUCGAGAACAGACUCCUGAUAGUGGCAGCGUUCCCCCUCGCGGAUGAGAACUCGGCUCCACCUGACAGGCUGCGUUUUAAUAAAGCAUAAGCGAGGACGAACCGAUAAAACAUAAAUGAGGCCGACAACAGGCACCAUGCUCCAGCAGAACAACAACAACAACUACCCCUGUCUCAAUGUGUCGGGCUCCACCAGGGAGAUGCUCCAGAAGUGCUCCAGAGCCUCCCUGCCCUUCCCCAGCCGCCUGGAGCUCGGCCUGGGCGACCUGCCGCUGAUCCGGGGCCUCCGAGCCUGGGCGCUGUGCUCCAAGAACCGCCACAAGGCCGGCGGCCUGCUGGGAGGUGGGCAAGCUCCUACGGCGCCUCCUGCAGGCCGCGGGACGUCCUGCCCCAGACCCGCAGACGUCUACCUGAGUGGGGAGUGGGGUCGCAUGGGGUACGGGAUCCCCCUGGGGCUGGACGCCAGGCAGGCCGGGAUCGGAGCGCUGGUGACCGUCGCCACCCUGAAGACCUCGGAGGGCAGCGGGAAGACGCAAACCCAGUGCCUCUUUCUCCGGACCGAGAAAGGAAGCUGUCUGUACUCGACGGCUAAACCCGGUUCUGGUGGGACGACCGGGGUGGUCGGAGGAUGGCUGAGAGGGAAGACGGGAGGAGGAGGAGGAGGCAGGGAUAACGGGCCGCCGGCGCAGACCGGAGCAAACCGGGUUAGAGUGCGAUCGGGCCGGAGGUGGAGGAAGUCCGGCAACGCAGAGAAAACAGGCUGGAGCAGAGAGAGGCAGCAGAGGAGCUGGGAGGAUCCGGCUGAAGAAAGGCAGGAAGAGCGAGACAAAGGAGGCCCGGACAGCAAACAACAGGACUGCAGGGGAGGCCGAUGCUGCCACGAUGCUUCCCCUAAAGCCUGCAGUCAGUGUGGACCGAGAGCACAACGGAGGGAGAGCCAGGAUGGACCGGACGGAGGAGAAAGUCUCACGAAUGGACAGGGAAUGAGGAAGGAGCUGCAAAAGAAUGACGAGGAGGAGAAGGGAGGCCUCUGCAAGUCCUCUAACUGUGUUGUGGCUGAAUCAAAGCCUGACCUAGAAUCCAACCGUACCGACUCCCACUGCCACGUCGGAGGAGCCGAGAGCGACGAAGGGCUGAAAACCUCUCGCAGCAAGGACGACUAUUCAGAGAGAGACGAGGACACGAACCCUGAUGUUAUGAAAUUACACACAGGAAGCAGCGACUUCAUUCACGGCCGCUCCGAGCCAGAGACUGAAGGCUUUAAAUCAAGACGUAUUAAUGAGAGAAAACCAGCUGAGGAGUCCUGUGAAGUAGCAGCAGCUGAUGCAGAUGGAUUUUCUGAUCAAGAAACAGAGAAAGAACAAAAUAUAAUCCAGGUUCCUGCUGAAUUCUUGGCCUUUCCUGCUUCGAUCACCACGACUAACCAGUCCUCCGUCCCUAUAGGGGGCACCACCGGACAGGAAACUUGUUGGGUUCAGACUGAGAACAAGCAACAAGUUGAGGAAGCAGAUGUUGGCUUCGACGAGAAAAACACUGUGAACGAGAAGUUAAACAAAAACGCACAGAUUCGCAGCAAGCAGGAGGACGAAGAUGUUUUAUCUUCACCGCUUAGACAUAAAGAUCCUUCCAUCUCCGAGACAGACAGAAGGAUCGUGAUGGAAAACAUUAAUGGACGAUCUGAGCUGGAUGGCUUUAAAUCAAGACUUAUUAAGGAUGGAAAACCAGGUGAGGAGUCCUGUAAAGAAGCAGCAGGCGACGCAGAUGGAUUCCCUUAUCAAGAAACAGAGAAAAAAGAAGACAUCUUCCAAGUUCCUGCUGAAUUCUUGGCCUUUCCUGCUUCCAUCACCACGACUAACCAGUCCACCGUCCCUAUAGGGGACACCGCCGGACAGGAAACUUGUUGGGUUCAGACUGAGAACAACCCACAAGUUGAAGAAAACACUGUGAACGAGAACAAAAAUAUGCCACCUCAGAUUUCAGUUCUGUCCUCACCUUUUAGACUCGGAGAUCCUUCAAUCCAAGAGACAGACGGGAGGGUUGUGUCGGAAAACAGCAGGACAGAAGAGUCGGAGGAGGAGAAUCUAGAAGAGCGAGGGGGUGAAGAUGAGGAUUGUAGGAGGGAGAACACCUGCGAAAAGGUAGAAGAUGCCACACAGGAAGAUAAUAAGAGAGAACGUGCUGCAGAAGAAGAUGAAGAGUCAACAAGCGUUGAACCGAACGGAGAGACCAGCACCGACGUCGCCGGUUCCCCCACCUCCAGUGCUCCCUCUCUGGCUAAUCCUGCCCCUUCUCUUCCCCUGCUGGGAUCCAUGGCAACCGGCCUGGAGGAGGAGGUGGUUAAAACGACGACGGGAGACGGAGAAGCAAAGCCGAAGGAGAGGGCUUCCACCGUGGCCACCGAGGAGGACGCGGAGGAGGAGGAGGAUGAGUUUGGCGUCUUCGUGCAGGCGGAGGGGGAGUCGGCCUGGACCGAGGGCUUCACCACGCCUGCCUCAGUGCCUUGCGGGAGCAGAGAGAUCGCUGCACUUGGAAACCAGGCCAUCGCCGGGGAGUUGUCCCAUUGGACGGCAGGCUGGAUGGACAGCUCCUUCCACCAAUCAGACGACACCUGGACAGCCUUUCCUCAGGACUCGUCGGAUGAAGGCCGAGACAUUGUGGAUCAGUGGUGGCCGACCAGUGCCGUGGAGGAGCGGCGAGACCAACUCUCGACCAAUCAGAAUCUGGUGGAGGUCUUUGCUGAGGCCUUCCCAUCGCUGCCCGGUCCGUCCUGCAGUGACCUCGCUGCUGUUCCCACUCUGACCCAGCUCCUCCGGGGCAGAACCAGCCAGGACCAGGGGCUGCUGGACAGUUUCCACGACUUGAACAAAAUGAUUGGCCAGAGAUACAAGCGAGCCAACGGCGUUUCUCGUGACCUGCUGCUGAAGACUUUACACCUGGAGCAGCCGCAGACUGAAGUCCGACCUGCUUCCUGGACAGCAAACCGCCGCCUCUCCCCCGGCCUCCCGUCGGCCAAUCAGCACGCUCAGAGCGCCGCCGCCAAGCGACGGCUGUCGUACGACUACAACAGGAACGUCAUGGAGUAGCCGUCGGCUGGUUGGACUGUCAGUCGGCUGAAGGACUGCGGGUCCGGACAGUUUCUGUGAUCGACUCUUUGCACUCUGAGACGACAUCGACCCUCGAAAACGGAACGACUCACUUCAGUUUACGUCGUCUAAUCCAGCUGCUGUCGAUGUGAACCGCUGGAGUGUUUUCACCUCAAAUGUUUGACACCGUGUUCAACCAAACCUCCGUCCUGAGUUCCACCCAGAGAACCACAUGUUGUACAGAUGUUGUUUGGAGAAGGAAGAGCUGAAGCUACGAGGUUCGGCCACCCUGUUGAAGGAGUCAAAUCUGCAGUUCUGUUUUAGUUUACUUUAGGUGUUACUUUACAGCAGAAGUUACUGUUUUAGCAGAAAUGGUCCCAAUCGUAGGAAUAGAAAUCGAUAAUCUGGCCCAAACUAAAAUUUUGGUUUGCAAGAAAUUCUUAAUUGUUUGUCUCCCCCUUCUGGUAGAGGAAUUACACAAGCAUUGUUGAGACAUGCUGAUCACAUUCAACUUGCAGUCGAUACGUUUCUUGUUCAGACAGUAAUCUUUCUUUGAAAUGCUUCCUCUAAACUUUUAAGCUUCUUUUUCAUCUGAAAAAACAGAAACGUUUCUCGGAGACUUCUUAGUUUUUCUGCUCUAGUCCAUAUUUUUGUAGCUUAUUCUGUUUCCGUCACUACAGAUGUUCCGCUCUUUAGCUCUGGUAAACCAAUCAAUCAGAAUCUGAAUGAUAAAUCCAGUGUAGACAUAGUUAAUGUGGUAAAUGACUAUUGUAGCUGGAAACAGCUGAUUUUUAAUGGAAUAUCUCCAUAGGGGUACAGAGGAACAUUUCCAGCAACCAUCACUCCUGUGUUCUAAUGCUACAUUGUGUUAGCUAAUGGUGUUGAAAGGCUAACUGAUGAUUAGAAAACCCUUGUGCAAUUAUGUUAGCACAUGAAUAAAAGUGAGUUUUCAUGGAAAACAUGGAAUUGCCUGGGUGACCCCAAACUUUUGAACGGUAGUGUACUUUACUUGACUUUUUGUUCAGUUAACCGCUUGUCGCAAAUUCUCAUCAUACCACUUUCAUUCAGACUGCAGCAGAGAUAGCGUAUCCAUUCCCCCAAUGCCAAUUUGUACAUAGUCAAUACGUACCUCGGAACCUUUUGCAAGCACUGGUUUCUCGUAGGACCUAAUUAUUAUAUAUCUGUUAUUAUUAUUAUAUAUCUGUUCUAUGUGUAAUAGACAAAUUAGCAAUCUCCACUUAUUUUAGCAUCAGCUGGAAAGCAAAAACACACAAAAGGUUUUUUUUUAAUUUUAAUUGUAAAUAAAUUCAGACGUCAAGGGGUUAAGGUGCAGCAAUGCAAGCUUAGUCGCCAAAAUUAUACCAUUCAUCAUAGCAGGAAACUGUAAAAACAGUACGAAGCAUCAAAUUUUCAAUUUUCCAGCAUCUUUGAACUGGAAAAACAACCAAACCUCACCUAAAAAUUAGGGCUAGCCCGAAUAGCAGUAUCUGGGCUCCGGAUAUUCGGCCCUAAUUAAGGACGAAUAUCCGAAUAUUCGGAUCGCGUGACGUCAUCCGACGGGGGGUGGGGCCUGACUCCAAAUGUUUGGAUCUCAAAAUUAAUAUUCGGAUACCACAGUAGCGACCGGAUAUUCAGAUAUUCGGGUCCAGAUAUUUCAUUGAAGUCAUGUUAUUCUGCAUUACUUAUUUAUAAUGUGGUCAAAUGGUAUUAUAUCACCUAAACCAAAAACACCAUUUAUCAGCUAGAAACUGCAAAGACGGAAACAAUCGUGGGACUUUUCAUGGAAAACGUGAAAUUGUCUGGAUGACCCCAUACUUUUGAACGGUAGUGUAGGUAUGUACUGAUGGAGGAACAUUUAAAUUUUUUAAAAUGGGAUCUUUUAGAAUAACUGCAUUUCUAAUUUUACUUCUAGUCACAGAAACCUUCGUGUGAAGUAAAUGUGACAUAAAGCUCCCAGCAAUGAGGACAAAAGGAACAAAGCAAUGAUGUAAUUCUGUAACUUCAUCAACAUGGUGGCCUGACUCUCGCUAACAUCUGGUUUUCUGCUUUCAAACACUCUGUGACAGAUUCUUCAGUUCUCCUGCAGCAGAAACUGAUCUCACGCACAUGUUAGUUCACAGAAAAACCACGUCUGUCCGAUUCUAUCAUCACACCGAGAGCAGCGUUAUUUUUCCACUACGUGACACUUGUAGUACUGCAGGAGGAAUCUAGUUGUGAUGAUUUUGAAGUUUGUUUUUUUUGUUCCUUUUAUCACGUGCUGCAUGUGCUUUCAUUGUUAACCUGCGACAGGAAAUAAAAGUGGUUUUGGUUCCUCAGA